AGAGAGAGAGGAAAUAAUUAAAGAACGGUAAAAGUAAAAACAACGAAGGAAGCGCUCUCGUCGUCUCGUGUUCUACUACGACUACUGGGGAUCUUUCCCAAUUUGAGGAGAGAGAAACUGUGGAACACUCACAGCUGCUUCCUUAAACAACUCCUGAAUUUCUCCAAUUAUCUGGGUUGAUUUCGAUAUAUGUGGACAAUUGUUUGAUUUUUCAUUGUUAUCGAGUUGAAUUCAAUGGGGAAAGGAGGGGAGGAGUAUGGGAAGAGAGAGGAUUAUAGUGGUAAAUUGGAGAAGAAUGGGGAAUCGGUUAAGCCCUGGGCGAUGGACGUUAAGGAGUGCGAGGAGAAGUAUGGUGUGAGUCGAGAUUUCGGACUUUCGAGUGAGGAGUAUGAGAAAAGGUUGCAGAUUUAUGGUUUGAAUGAAUUGGAGAAGCACGAAGGGCCAUCGAUUUGGAGAUUGAUUUUGGACCAGUUUAACGAUACGUUAGUUAGGAUCUUGCUUUGUGCCGCGGUGGUUUCGUUUGUGCUUGCGUGGUAUGAUGGGGAUGAAGGUGGUGAGAUGGGGAUUACGGCUUUUGUUGAGCCCUUGGUUAUCUUUUUGAUAUUGAUUGUGAAUGCUUUUGUCGGGGUUUGGCAAGAGAGUAAUGCGGAGAAAGCGUUGGAGGCCUUGAAGGAAAUCCAAUCUGAACAUGCUGCGGUGAUUAGGAAUGGGAAGAAAGUUCCUAGUCUGCCGGCUAAGGAACUGGUGCCGGGUGAUAUAGUUGAGCUUAGGGUUGGUGAUAAGGUGCCCGCUGAUAUGCGGGUUUUGGCUUUAGUAAGCUCGACCUUGAGGGUUGAGCAAGGGUCAUUAACGGGCGAGAGUGAAGCGGUUAGCAAGACUGUGAAGUCUAUCCCUGAAGAUUCAGAUAUUCAGGGAAAGAAAUGCAUGGUUUUCGCUGGGACUACUGUCGUCAAUGGAAACUGUUUUUGCUUGGUUACGCAUACUGGGAUGAGCACUGAGAUAGGGAAGGUGCACUCCCAGAUACAAGAGGCUGCUGAAAAUGAGGAGGAUACCCCGCUGAAGAAGAAGUUGAAUGAAUUUGGUGAAGUGUUGACUGCUAUAAUUGGUGUAAUCUGUGCUGUGGUUUGGCUGAUCAAUGUCAAGUAUUUCCUUUCCUGGGAAUUUGUGGAUGGAUGGCCGAGAAAUUUUAAAUUCUCAUUUGAGAAAUGUACCUAUUACUUUGAGAUUGCUGUGGCAUUGGCAGUUGCUGCUAUUCCAGAGGGGCUGCCAGCAGUUAUAACAACAUGCCUAGCUCUUGGUACACGAAAGAUGGCUCAAAAGAAUGCCCUGGUCAGGAAAUUGCCCAGUGUGGAGACUCUGGGAUGCACAACUGUCAUUUGUUCUGACAAAACGGGUACCUUGACCACCAAUCAGAUGGCAGUUGGAAAGCUUGUAGCCAUGGGGCCCAGGGCACAAACUAUCCGAACCUUCAAUGUGGACGGAACCACCUAUAAUCCUGCUGAUGGUGGGAUACAAGAUUGGCCUGCUGAUAACAUGGAUCAAAAUCUUCAAAUGAUUGCUAAAGUAGCGGCUCUUUGCAAUGAUGCUGGGGUCGAACAAAAUGGCCAUCAAUUUGUUUCAAGUGGUAUGCCUACUGAGGCUGCAUUAAAGGUUAUGGUUGAAAAAAUGGGGCUGCCCAAUGGACUACAGCGUGUUUCAUCAAGUUCUGAUGAUGUGCUCUGCUGCUGCCGGACAUGGGCAACUUCAGAACAUCGUAUUGCCACUCUUGAGUUUGAUCGUGAUCGAAAAUCCAUGGGGGUCAUUGUCUCUUCUGGAACUGGAAAGAAUUCAUUGCUUGUGAAGGGCGCUGUUGAAAAUUUGCUAGAAAGAAGCUCCUACGUACAGUUACUUGAUGGUUCUAUUGUAGAAUUGGAUCAGGUUAUGAAGAACACUAUACUGGAUAGUCUUCAUGAAAUGUCUUCCAGUGCUUUGCGUUGUCUUGGAUUUGCUUACAAAGAGAACCUUGAAGAUUUUGCGGAUUACGAUGGUGAGGAGCACCCAGCUCAUGAGCUCCUACUUAAUCCAUCUAACUACUCCAACAUUGAAAGCAAUCUCAUCUUUGUUGGCUUUGCUGGCUUAAGAGAUCCUCCUCGUAAAGAGGUGCGGCAAGCAAUUGAGGACUGCAGAGCUGCAGGCAUUAGAGUCAUGGUGAUAACAGGAGAUAACAAGAAUACAGCAGAAGCCAUCUGUCGUGAAAUAGGUGUUUUUGGUUCACAUGACGACAUUACCUUGAGAAGCUUAACAGGAAAAGAAUUCAUGGAGCUCAGUGAUAAGAAGAAUCAUCUAAGAACGACUGGAGGUCUUCUUUUCUCCAGGGCUGAACCUAAGCAUAAGCAAGAAAUAGUGAGGUUGCUUAAAGAGGAUGGUGAAGUUGUUGCCAUGACUGGUGAUGGAGUUAAUGAUGCACCAGCCCUGAAGUUGGCUGAUAUUGGCAUAGCCAUGGGCAUUUCAGGGACUGAGGUAGCAAAAGAGGCCUCUGACAUGGUGCUAGCAGAUGAUAAUUUCAGCACAAUUGUCGCUGCUGUCUCUGAAGGUCGAUCAAUCUACGACAACAUGAAAGCCUUCAUCAGGUAUAUGAUCUCCUCAAAUAUUGGUGAGGUCGCGUCCAUUUUCCUCACUGCUGCUUUGGGUAUUCCAGAAGGCCUUAUUCCUGUUCAGCUUUUGUGGGUCAAUCUUGUUACUGAUGGUCCUCCAGCAACAGCUUUGGGAUUCAAUCCACCUGACAAGGAUAUAAUGAAGAAACCUCCCAGGAGGAGUGAUGAUUCUUUGAUUGAUGCUUGGACUUUAUUCCGCUACAUGGUGAUUGGGCUAUAUGUUGGUGUGGCAACUGUUGGAGUAUUUAUUAUUUGGUACACACAUGGAUCAUUUUUAGGUAUUGACCUAAGCCAAGACGGGCAUACACUGGUGAGCUAUUCUCAGCUUGCGAACUGGGGUCAGUGCCAUUCUUGGGGGAAUUUUAGUGUCUCACCAUUCACUGCUGGAGCCCAAACAUUUAAGUUUGAUGAUGAUCCUUGUGAUUACUUCAAAACUGGAAAAAUCAAAGGAAUGACCCUUUCUCUGUCAGUGUUGGUUGCCAUUGAGAUGUUUAACUCACUUAAUGCUCUUUCUGAAGAUGGAAGCCUUUUAACAAUGCCACCAUGGGUAAACCCUUGGUUGCUUCUAGCCAUGUCUAUCUCUUUUGCCUUGCAUUUCCUGAUUCUUUAUGUGCCCUUCCUUGCCCAAGUGUUUGGCAUAGUCCCUCUUAGUUUUAAUGAAUGGAUGCUUGUUUUGUUAGUCGCUCUUCCAGUCAUUUUAAUUGAUGAAGUUCUUAAGUUCAUUGGGCGGUGUACUUCUGGGAUCCGGACAAAAUCCAGAAGAAUGCCAAAAACCAAGGCAGAGUGAUAAAGUUGAUGUUGCUAUCAGCAGGAUUUGGCCUCACUUGGAAGUUUCAAGGUUCGGAUUAAUUUUCUAUCUUCAGUUCCCUUGAGCUCUAGCUGCUUUGGCACUUUGGUUUACUUACAGUCUGAACUUUUAGUAGAUGAACUAGAACACUAUGUAAAACUAUUUAUAGGAGAUUUUGCAGAGGGGGAAAAACAGUUAUGUUUCAUUCAACAUUAUGGGGUCAUGACUGAUUGAUUUUUUUUGUUUGACCAUUACAAUGUAAGCUGUAUUGAGUUGAACAAGUAAUGAAAUUAGUACAUCUUCAGCAACAGUUGUUUA